UGUCUCGCACACAGUGUCACUCAUCGGCCACUAGAGGGAAAUGCAGAGCGUCACAGCUGCUGUUUCUUCUUCUCUGGUUCGGGAAAACUUUGGGAUCCAUUCACAUCCCUAGCGGCUGUGAGUCUCAGUCUUCAUGAUGUUCUGCUCUGGUUAAAAUGCGCAGUUUAAAAAAAUAAAACUAUGAUGAUGUUAGACCUGAGAGGAAGAAAACUUUUUUUUACUUUUCAUUUUACCCUUUAAUAAAUUACAAUCAACAUAAGCUCUCACACAAGUUUUAAUAAACCACUCAAAUUCCAUAUGACCGGUUGUCUGGUCAUGACUUAAAUUUCCUCACUUUGUAGUUACGGAAUCAUUAAGUCAGUACGUUUACACGGACAGCGGUAAUCUAAUGAUCGACCUUAUUCUGAAUAAGACAAUAUUCUGAUUAAGGUGUUUACAUGGACAGCAGUAAUCUAAUGAUCGACCUUAUUCUGAAUAAGACAAUAUUCUGAUUGAGGUGUUUACAUGGACAGCAGUAAUCUAAUGAUCGACCUUAUUCUGAAUAAGACAAUAUUCUGAUUGAGGUGUUUACAUGGACAGCAGUAAUCUAAUGAUCGACCUUAUUCUGAAUAAGACAAUAUUCUGAUUAAGGUGUUUACAUGGACAGCAGUAAUCUAAUGAUCGACCUUAUUCUGAAUAAGACAAUAUUCUGAUUAAGGUGUUUACAUGGACAGCAGUAAUCUAAUUAUCGACCUUAUUCUGAAUAAGACAAUAUUCUGAUUAAGGUGUUUACACGGACAGCAGUAAUCUAAUUAUCAACCUUAUUCUGAUUAAGGUGUUUACACGGACAGCAGUAAUCUAAUGAUCGACCUUAUUCUGAAUAAGACAAUAUUCUGAUUAAGGUGUGUACACGGACAGCAGUAAUCUAAUUAUCGACCUUAUUCUGAAUAAGACAAUAUUCUGAUUAAGGUGUUUACAUGAGUCGCUUUUAGAAUACUCCUUUCAUGUUCCAGUUUUACAUGUUAUAACAGAGAUCGAUUAACAGCACACGUCAUUACUAUUAUUUGUCACGAUAUACGUGCAAAUAGACGACUGCUUGAAGCAAAACAAAGACGCUAGGCUUCUCUAACAGUAUAGUUACAUUUUUUUUUCACACUGAAAGUAAGAAAAACGUGUCAUUGCAGACAUUUUCCCUUAUAUUUCCGCACGUUAUUUUCCACAUGCUUUUUUACAACUGUAAUUCCAUUCUAGAAGAUAUAACACUUACCUGCUUACCAGGUGGCAAACAUCCACAUUUACAUGGAUAAUGUGAUUUCACAGUGACCGUAGAAAUCAGACAAAACAGUCAGGAAUCUUGACAUUUCCCUGCCAUGUGCUUGUGCUUGUGUUAUUACGUCAUAAUUACACUUAGCAUGCUAAGUGAAGCUAACUGAGGUUUCAAAAUGGCAUCACAUCUAAUGGAAUUUUCUUAGAACUAUAUAGCGGAUACAGGAUAACCCUAAAUCACCGUUCAUGCUCAUACCACAGCACGCUCGAAUUCUCGAAUCUGAUUGGUCAGAAUUUGUGCGUUAUUUUUGCAUAGUACUGCAUAUAGAUUUCUAUGAACGCACUCGUUUUAAUAAGUCCUCGUUUCUAUAGUAACAGCUCGUUCGAGGAAUUAUACGGCAGACACUCCACAUCUAAUCGUAAACAGAUUACAGAGAUUAGAAUCAUUGAUGUGGUGAUGUUUUGUUUGUUGGGAGACGUUUCCGAAACAUUCCUGUAAAACGUGCAAGGCGUCAUUCAUUAAUACAUGAAACGUGGACUCGCUGUGGUACGAGCAGAAUAACACACGUCGGACCGUGCCGUUAUAGGAAAAUCAUACAAACACCCAAACACAUAGUGUGUUAUUACUUACUUAUUACUUAUUACUUACUUGUUGUCGUGGUUACAUUCCAACGAGAUAUGGCACUAAUCCAAUACGCAGUAUCAGUACCCAGUAUACCCAGUAUCAGCGUCAGGCUGCUACCAGGAACAAAAUGGUGAAUGGAUACUGGGGAAAACACAAUAUACUGUAUCAUAUCCUGUAACAAGUGGCAACAAUUGGAAUUGGAUUUGGAAAUUAAAUAAAUUUUUGGAUUCUGGAAAUAUUUUGAAUAUAAAGACACACGUUUUUUUUCUUUCUUUCUUUCUUUCUUUCUUUCAUUUUUUAGGAUUGGUUUUAUUACAUUUAUACUCCAGAUUUUAUUAUAUUUACUAUAUUUCCAAUGUGAUUUUUGUGUGAAAGUGCUUCCGAUACAAAAAAAAAAAAAAAAAAAAAAAAACAUUUUAAACCUUAGUAGUAGUUUUUAAAGAAAACUAUUACAUGGGUCUGGAUAUCGGCUGACACUCGAGGUUUCAGUAUCUGUAUCGGUAUCGGAAAAGAAAACAGCGGUAUCGCGCCGUGUCUAAUUCCAACAGGGUUACAUAGCAGCCUUGGAUUUCUACACAGAUUAUUUCUCAAAUUCAAGUUUGAAAGAAAGAAGGAAAGAUGUCUAGACAUGCUUAAUACUUAACAAGCUGUCAUGGUUUAUUUGAGUGAAUAUAACGUUGUGAUAAUAUUAAUAAUAAUGGUGACAUGAGAGUGUAAUAUGUAAUAGCAUGUGUGUUACUAAUGCUUCAUGACUAACAUCUCUUACCGACUCCAUUCCUGCACUCCACUCGUCUGUGUGGGUUAUGUCGGUAUCCGUUCUGCUCUGCUACACGGUAUGGGAAUGAUUUAUGUAAUCUUCUCUUUCUUCAUGUUUUCUUUCUCUAUUCCUUCCUUCUGGCACCCGCUGGAAUGACAGAUAACAUUUCUGACCUGAAAGAGCCUCCACUGAUCACACUACAGUCGCAGUCGUACACCGCCUUCUACACCGAUGACGUCUCUCUGAGGUGCGAAGCUAGCGGCAAACCCAAACCCACUUUUCGAUGGGUGAAAGAUGGCGUACUGAUCAAGGAGGAAAGGAACGGGUCGGGAAAUUUUAUAGCCGACCCAAAUGAAGAACUGAAAUUUUACCAGGGGACGUAUCGCUGCUACGCGUCAAACGAGCUCGGGACGGCUGAAUCGGGCCUGAUAGAACUCAUCACUGAGCCCAUUCCAGUCUCAGUAAAGGACAAGAGGGUGGUGAAGAGGGUGAACGUCAUUGAGGGUGAAAGUGUGGAGCUACAAUGUAAUAUUCCAAACAGCACAGUGAAAGCUAACAUCCACUGGAUGGACAAGAAACUGAUGCAUAUUAAGCAAAGUGAACGCGUCACUAUUGGCCUGAAUGGUAAUCUGUACUUCGCCAAUGUGCUGAUCAGCAACACCAGAGACGAUUACACCUGCUACACCCAGUACGUCGAAGCCAGAACCAUUUUAUCCACAGAUCCAGUUUUUCUCCAUGUUAUUCCCUCCAAUGAGGUGGUGAACAGACAUCCCGGUCUCCACCAACCCAAGGGCACACACACCAAUUAUUUUGCCCUCCGAGGCCAGACUCUCAUCCUGGAGUGUAUUCCAUACGGGCUGCCAACUCCCUCGAUCAAGUGGGAAAGGAAAGACGCUUCGUUUUCCUCCACUAAAGCAACUGAGGAGCGCUUCGGCCGGUGGCUGGAGUUCACUUCAAUCUCGGAGAGUGAUGAUGGAGAGUACACCUGCACGGCCUCGAAUAUAAUGGGACAAGCAAAACACUCGUACACGGUCACCGUGGAGGCUGCUCCUUAUUGGACGAAGCAGCCUAAGAGCUCCCUAUACUCACCGAGCGAGACGGUCAGACUGGACUGUCAUGCUGACGGCAUUCCUACACCACACAUUGUAUGGAAGAUUAAUGGAGUGGCCAUCUCUGAAACGAGUCCUGAUACCAGGCGCACUGUAAAAGGCGGGACUUUAAUCCUGAUUGAUGUUCAGUUAUCUGACACGGCUGUCUAUCAGUGUGAGGCCUCCAAUAAACACGGCACGGCCAUCCUGAACACCUACAUCCACGUCGUCGAACUGCCCCCUCAGAUUCUGACUGAUGACAGAAGAGUGUAUAAGUUGAUGGAGGGAUCCAUGGCAUCUCUGUACUGCAGUUCUUUCGGUUCUCCACGACCCCAAAUCAGCUGGGAGAGUGAAGAGUUCGGUUCGGUUCUGUCCAACCCGAGGAUGUCACAGAUGACCAACGGCACGUUACACAUCACCAACGUGAGCUACGAUGAUGCAGGAACGUACCUGUGUUCAAUCAAAAAGACUAACAUAUCCAUUACUGCACUGCUGGUGGUGCUGAACAGGACUCGGAUCGUGUCCCCUCUUCAUGACCUCCGGGUAAAACAUGGAAAUUCGUUGGUUUGGCCGUGCAGGUACGAAGUGGACAAUCGAUUCUCUAAGCCCUUAAUCCAGUGGAGGAAAAAAGGACAAAAAAUCACAACAUUAUCUCCAGACGACAAAUACACAGUGUUUGAAAAUGGAUCACUGUGGAUCACUGACAUCACCCUUGAAGAUGCUGGACCCUACAGCUGUGAGGUCAUCACCCGCUUGGACAGUGAUAUGACCACUGGAUCACUGACUGUGAUCCAUAAGCCUGAACGUCCUCACUCACUGAAGCUGGAUGAGAAGGCGAAUCGCAGCGUCACUCUGUCCUGGAGCCCCGGAGACGACAACAACAGCCCUGUGUUCGAGUUUGUGAUUGAGAUGCUAGAAGAACCGCCCUUAGAAGCAGCGAUGUGGAAGGAGCUGAAGCGUGUUCCUGCUGAAAUCCAUCACCUGGAGAUUUCUCUACUUCCCUUCUGCACGUACCACUUCAAAGUGGCGGCGAUCAAUGAGAUCGGUCCGAGUGACUUCAGCAAGCCGUCUGAGUCGUACACCACACCUCCUGCAGCACCUGACAUGAACCCGGAGAAAGUGAGGAGUGAAUCUACUGAUCCAGAAACUAUGACCAUCACAUGGGAGGAGCUGGAGCCCAGGCACUUUAACGGCAAAGAUUUUGGGUAUAAAGUGUCAUGGCGUGAUGCAACUGGCCCUGAGAAGCCUUGGCAGUCUGCGACUGUUUCUCACCCUCCGUUUAUAGUCAACAAUACAGAUACCUUCGUGCCCUUUGAGAUCAAAGUGCAGGCGGUGAAUAGCAUCGGCGAAGGACCGAGUCCAGAGGCUGGCAUCGGCUACUCGGGAGAAGACAUCCCCGUGGAGGCACCGGAUGAAAUAGACGUGACUCUGGUUAACGCUACAGCCGCGUCGGUGAAGUGGAAUCCAAUCAGUAGAGAGUCUGUGCGUGGACAUCUUCUUGGCUACAUGAUCUACCUGAGGAGGCUGGGUUCCAGAGGAGACAGUGGGAAAAAGAAGCGAGCGCUAGCUACGGUGAAAGAGAUGGUGCGAGACAUGGAGCAUGUGAUGGAGCGUGAGGACGAAAGACAAGUGAUCAUCGUUGAAGGAAAAGAGGAGGCGACCGUGAGUGGUCUGGACUUCUACUCUGAUUAUGAGCUGUCAAUCGCAGCCUUCAACAGCAAGGGAGAGGGGCCUCUGUCUCCUCCCACCCGCUUCGAGACAGCUGAGGGAGCUCCAGGCCGGGCUUCACACUUGAGAUUUGAGAGUCCGUCGGAGACCGAGCUGAAGCUCUUCUGGAAAAAACCUCACAAAACUAACGGGAUCCUGAAAGGAUACAUCAUAACACACCAAGAGUUUGUGGAGAACGGUCCCAGCACGAUACAGAGCAUGACAAUUGAAGAUCCAACAGUGACGCAGUACACAGUGGACAAACUGGACUCGAAAAAUUACUACAUUUUCUCCCUGAGAGCUUUUACUGCUGCUGGAGAAGGAGAACCCAUCCACGUUAAUGCCACCACCUUACUCGACGGAGUUCCACCAACUUCUGUCAACGCGACCGUUGGAGAAACGUCUGUGAAUCUGAGCUGGGUUCCAGGAGAACGGCACCGAAACACCGGCUUUACAGUCCACUACCUGAGGAACGGGGAUCAGUGGGAGGAAUCAGAGCAGGUGAAUUUGACGCAGGCCUUUUAUCAGCUGCAGGGACUGAAAGCAGGAACAAAAUACCGCCUGGAAAUUCGCCACAACAACCUCACAUACUGGACAUUUGAUAUGAAGACUACAGGACCAGAGGUAACAGGAGUGAAGAACGGCUUCGCCACUCAGGGCUGGUUCAUCGGCCUCAUCAGCGCCGUGGUGCUGCUGCUGCUCCUCCUGCUCAUCCUCUGCUUCGUCAAAAAGAGCAAAGGAGGAAAAUAUUCAGUGAAGGAUAAAGAGGAAGGACAGAUCGACUCUGAUGCGAAACCCAUGAAGGAUGACGCGUUUGGAGAGUACAGAUCCCUUGAGAGCAGCGACAAUGACGAGAAGCGUUCUUUCAGCCAGCGCUCGCUGUGUCCCGAUCUGAAACGCGCGAGUGAUGACAGUCUGGUGGAAUACGGAGACAGCGUGGACAUCCAGUUCAACGAGGACGGCUCGUUCAUCGGGCAGUACAGCGGCCGCAGAGACACGCAACCGUACCCGCACGGAGAGCACGAGAGCUCAGGGAUCCCGUCCCCAACCAACCCCGGCAUGGAGCCUCCACGCAGCGGCAACCUCUCCACCUCCAUCACUGGCGUCUUCGGGGGGAACUGAGACACGACCGGACGACUCUGCCGUAUCACGAGAGAGACUGAGCUGGAGAGAUCAACCUGUCCUAGCACUGGCUUUCAUUCAUAAGUAAACAAAGAUCAUUUAUUCUCUGACUAGCAAGUUUAAUUUAAAAAAAUAAAUAAAAUAAAAAAAGACAUACAGGGACCGAAAAAUAUUCCAUCACUGCCGAUAACGUUAACAGUUUUUAAAGCACACACGCGCUCAUACAAUUAAAUACACACACACACACACACACAGACAUAUUAGUCUAAAGGCCUGGAUAGACUUUUCUCCCCAAAUCCAACAGUGACAUCACUGAACUCCAGAACAACCUCUCAUCUUACGACACAAAAUGGCCGCCCAAGCUAUCAACUCACAGAUUGCAACUUCAGCGUAUUGGGCAUCGAUCUGAAGUGACUUCUAAUGGCUCCGCCCCCUUUCUGCUAUGUAGCACCGGUCACAUAUCUCCAAGAAGGAAACGUGUCUAGUGGUUAGUCUCACCACGGACAUCAGAUACACACUAAAAUCUUGAUUUAUGAAAGAUUCGCAUGGACGCUUCAUAACACCAGAAAUGAAAAGAUUGCGCUGAUUAAUGGAGAAGGAUCACAUCUGUGAUAUGUGAAAAAAAACUGCCAUGUCUGCCUUAAUGAAUAUGUAAUUUGGUGUGUUUCUUCUCUGUGUGUUUGAGCACAGGCAUAACUUUACUUUACAACACACACAUGCAAUAUACUGUAUAGCUUUUGCACCAGUAUUCAACCAUUGUGAAACAGUCUACUUGACAUUAACGCUACUUAAGGUUUAGUUUAAAUACUACAACUUUGAACAUCUUGAACUCGUCGUGGCUAAUUGACCCGAUCGCACACACAAUUUAGUACGCGUUUUUUGCGGUAUUAGUAAAUCAGGGCCGAAAAGUACACGAAAUACAUGAUUUGUGACAAACUGAAGAGAAAUCAGGAAGUCGUUACCUCAGGAAAACUGGAACCGUGACUAGAAAACAAGGAAAAAACAAACAAACAAACAAAAAAAAACAAGUGUAUAACAGUGAAGAAAAAUUAAAUUCACAAUCUUUGUUAUGCCUCUCAAAAACAUAACGCGCUACAAUAUUUACAGUAUGUAAUUAAUUAACUAACUUGUUCUAAGCCAAAGUCCCGAAUUAAACGUAGGUGAUGCUGAUGUUUUAUGCUUGUGUGUAGAAAUCAUCGUCUCCUUGGCGAUACGACUGUGAACAUGUUGUGUGAAGUAGAUUUAAGUUAGGUUUAUUUUAAAAUACUGUCCUCCGCUCAUUCGACAAGUGGCCAGACAGUCGUGUGACGUAGGUGUUGCGCAAUAACAAACGGGGAUAGUGUGAAUAUUAACGAAGGGGGCGUGGUCAGGGCGGAGCUGUGGCGUGAGUGAGGAAGGUCCGUACAACACACAGAGCCGAACUGAAUUAUUGCGGUGUGAAAUUUCGUCAGAUUUGUCUUUCCAGGCCUUCAGAAAAGACACGACGAAUAGAAAACAUUCCAGAUCAGUGUUUACAGGACAAACGCAUGACAUUUAUUCCUCCCGUUCUAGCCUGUGUGUGCUUUCCAACAUCUUCUCCUGUAACGUUUCCCAUCGAUCCCCGUCAACCCCCUGUUAAACCCUCAAUAAUGCAAAACGUGUUGUAAUACUUUCAUACUAAUACGCCGUACUAACUAAACUACAAAAUGUAAUGUUGUAAUGGUUUGGGUUUUUUUCCCCCCCCAAAAUGGCUGACGUUACAGUAACAUUAUAUUAGCAUGCUGAUACAGAGUGUAAUAAUGAAAUUAAACACACACACACACACACACGUUCAUUUGUUCAUAAGGAACGUUACAAAUCAGAAAUGGCGUUAUUUGUUUUAUUACGUCUCGUCAUCUCAUCGUAUUUAUGAAUAAUCCAGAAUUCCCCCAGAAAUCAGAGUCAGGGACUUAAAAGAAUCAAGAGUGGUAAUGAUGACUUAUAUGUCUUAGGGAUUUAAAAAAUAAUAAUAAUUAUAUACUGCAUUUUUUGUUUUCCCCGUCACAAUAAUCAUAUCCGUCUUACAUAAGCGGGUGUGUGUUUAUUUUGCACUAUAUCUUUCUGUAUUUGAUUUAUUUAUUUAUUUAUUUGUUUGGUCAAAUGCAUUUUAAUUUCCUACAUUUUGGUCAUGACCCCCCCCCCAUAAUUUCCUAUACAUUUUUAUUUUAAUCUAUACAUUAAUGCAUAGUUAUUUCAUUAAGACAGUUUGUGUAAAAUAUCAUACUGUACUAUAGCAGCAUAUGUAUCUUAUAUGCCUUAGGGAUUUAAAAUAUAUAUAUAUACAUAUUUAAUUUUUUUUUUUUUUUUGGUCACAUCAGUCUUUCAUAAGCAGAUAUUUUACUUUUUUUUUGGUAAAAAUACAUUUGCUAUACAGUUUAAUUUGAUGAAUUUUUUUAUUAUUAUUAUUUUAAUUUACAACAUUUAUGGACAAUUAUUCAGUCAUGUUUAGGUUCAUUCCAGCAUUAUAAUAAUAUAAUAAUGAUACCAUACUGUACUAUAGCAGCAUAUGUAUCUUCUAUGCCUACAUGUACGGUGUGUACUCGUCUGACUCCUUUAUUAAUCUCCAUAUCUUACUUUUGAACAAUUCAGGAAUCAUAUAUCUGUAUCAUUACCGGUGUAUUGUCAUCCGCAGGGUGUUCAGUAGUGUAUUUGUUGCUACUCGCUAUAAGGUCAAACAUCCCCAGCCAAAAUCUCUGCUUUUUAAAAAAAAAAAAAAAAAAAAAAUUACUUUUUUUCAUUUCUGUGAACCAAUACUGAGCUCUAUUAGCCGCAGAUGCUAAGCGCAUGAAUCUCGACAAUGAUAUGGCGAAUCUGUCUGUAAGGCUGUGCCUGUUUGUUUCCCCUCUUAAUGCUGAAAUUUGAAUAUGAUGCCUUACAGAGCUAUGGCUCUUUUUUUGGUCCUCUAUUUUCUAUUUCCAUCUGUCUUUUUAGUAUCUGUCCAUCUGAGAUAACGCCAAGCAUGAGUCACUAAGAGAUAGUAGUUUAGCUAGGCAUGUGCCGAGAAUCGGUUGUGCGAUAGAUCGUGAUGUGGUUAUCGUAGACUUUUUUUAAAAAAAUGACCGUCAUGAGUUCCGCUCGGGAGGAAAACGUUGGCGCGGGUGGAGAUAAAGUCAGUCGCGUUCAGUGGAGAGAAUGAAAAGCAUUCUGUUUCAGCAUUGUUAGCUUUUUAGCGUUCUGUUUUAAACCAGAUAAGACGCUAAAACGUGGAUUCGCUAACUGCUAGCUAUCAUGGAGAUGGAAAUUUGAAGGAAUGACCCAUCUAAAUGUGGACAACAUGGCAGACUGGAUCGUUUCCCUGACUGAGGAAUUGUUUACACAGCUUUCUGAUAGCUAACGUCUCCUUUAUGGUUCUUAUAAACUGUCAUAUUUGUGUUUGUUUAUUGCCAGAAAUGAUUCCAGUGGUUACGAUUAGCUAGCUAACAUACUGUAUCACUAGCUCAAAGGCAUCAUACUGACCUUGACUAUGUUUUGACACCAAUAGUCAUAUUUGUGUGUGUCAAUCACUACAAAUCAUUUUUUAGCCAUCUAACAUAGCACAUCCUGUCAGGAAGUUCAUAGAACGUGCUAGCUAGCAUUAGUUAGUUGGCUAGCUAGUGAUUAAAGCAUAGAUUUGAUGCUGAUGGUCAUAUUUGUGUGUCAACUGUUGUGCAAAAGUUAUUUUUACGGUCACAUUUACCUGACAGAACUUGCUAGCUAGCGUUAUCUAGCUAGUCAGUUGUGUUAGCCAGCAUGUUUAUUGCUACAAAAGCUAAGGGAUAGGGUUGAAAAAAAAAGCUGAGCGGUUUGUAUCCGAGCUGAGGAGCGAGUGAUUGUUUUACACACUCUUUACGGUUCGUAUGAACAGUCGUAGCUGCAUUUGUUGGUUGACAGAAAGUGUUCCAACAGUUACACUUAGCUAGCCAACGCUAAUGCAACCUCACAGACAGCUUAUAUAAUGAGCUAUGUAGCAUUUUUAUUAGCUGGCUCACUGGUUAUUGAAGCAAAAUUUUACUAUGACCAUACUUGUGUGUGUCAAUCACCGUAAGUCAUUUUUUUAUAGUUACAUUUAGCUAGCUCAACCUGACAGAACUUGCUCGUCAGUUAUGUUACCCAGCUUGUUGGUUUUUUUUUGUUUUUUUUACUUUUUGUGUGUCAGCUAGCUAGUUAUUACAGCAAAGAAAUUGACACAAACAGUCAUAUACUUGUGUCAAUUGCCACAAGUUGUAUUUAUGUUUACAUUUAGCUGGCUAAAUUAGCUCAACCUGACGGAACUUGCUAGCGAGUGUUAUUUAGCUAUUCGGUUAUGUUCCGCAGCUUGCUUUUGGCUACGACAGCUGAGCAAUUAGAGCAGUGAAAUGCCACGUCACGAUAAUAUCGUAAACUGUGAUAGUUAGUCGAUUACAUCGGCACAUGCAGAGCUGUAAAGCCUCCCUUUUAAUUUGUGUUUUCUUGCUAGUAUUUAGUGAAUUUAUUAGAUGAGUUGCUGAGCAGGCAGCCAGAAAGAAUCAGCGAGGCUUUCUGAAUGUAAAUAAACGUAAAGAUUGUCAUUUAGCAUUUCGCUUCCAUUCUUUUCUUCUUCUUUUUUUCUCGGCGGAAGGAUGUUUUUAUAUAAACGUGCACUGUUUUUAUUUCGCCAUUUCGCAGGUUUGAUAAUACGUUUAGAAGAGUAGGAAAUGGGAAUGCAGCCUUCUGUCUUUUGUUUAUUUUUUAUUAUUAAUUAAGAAAUGAAUCACGAAGCUUCGCUACUGUUUCUGUACAUUGUAAUAAAGAGUGUAAUGAAGUGAAGUGAAGGAACUCUUCCUGUAGAGGGGCGCUCUCAGGGCUGUUAGUUUACUCACAUCUUUUUGUAACAAUGAGCAAAAGCGCUGCAUAAAAGUGUUUCCAUCCACCUGUUUUAAUGCUAAUUGUGGAUUUGCGCAUGAAUAAAAACAGAAUUUCAAAAACACAACUUAA